ACGAUUGUGAAUUACCCACUUAUAUUUGCCUCAGUUUCGACGCGUCGACAUAUCUAAUAGUACAAAAUCUUUGGUAUCAAAAGUAUUUUCUUGAACACAACGGCAGGAAGGAUCAAACAAUUAUAUAAGGGCAAAUUUAUUUAAUACUUUAUCCGGUUUUACAAAAUAUUCUUCUGCGAAAGGCAGGAUAUAGACGCGGUGGAGCGUGUCUAACACAUCACUUCCAUUUAGUGCAGUCGGUUAAUUACCCGCAGUUACGUUCGAUGGCGGAGUGGCGUAACAACGUUCUGUGGCUAUAAUUAUUGAAAUGGAGAUCAAAGUGUUAAGCGUUGUAUGUCUGUGCAUCACAUCGUGCGUGAAGGGAGAUCUGUUCACGAAGGCUACGAGGAGUAAAGCCCUUGAGGCGGAGAAGGAUGUGAGGAACAGCGUAUACGACUUCAUCAUCGUAGGAGGAGGGACUGCUGGAUGCGUGCUGGCAAACAGGCUCUCUGCCAACCCUGAAUGGAAGGUACUAGUACUAGAAGCUGGAGAAGAAGAAAACAUAGACUAUGACAUUCCUGGUAUACCAACAAAAGAUCUAAGACCUAUCCUCUGGAACUAUAGAACUGAAAGGAACGGGUUCUCCUGUCUGUCUAGACCUGGAGGCAGUUGUGAAGUGAGAACCGGCAAGGUUUUAGGAGGAUCGAGUGUAGUUAAUGAUAUGAAGUACACCAGAGGGUCCAGAAAAGAUUAUGAUGCGUGGCACAGCAAUGGGGAGAUUGGUUCCCUUGAAUGGAAGUUUGAGAAUUUGGUUGAACAUUUCAAACAUUCAGAGGACAAUGGUGAUUAUGAUAUUCUUAUGAAUUCAUUCUAUCAUUCCCGAGGAGGAGAAAUGCAUGUCCAAAGAUUUAAAUACAUGGAUCGUCAUAUGGAGCAAUUUCUAGGAGCUUUUGCAGAAAUGGGCUUCCGUUCGAUUGAUAUCAAUACGAACGCACCAGAAGCAGCAGUUAACAAUCAAUUUGUGAUAUCCAAUAAUACGAGGUUGAGCACAAAUACUGCGUUUCUGAAACCAGUUCGACAUAGAAAGAAUUUAGUAGUUAAAACUGGAGCUACAGUAACAAAACUGAUUAUUGAUCACCAAGAAAAAGCAGUUGAUGGAGUCUUAUACGAAAUUGAAAAAGGGAAGGAGCAACUAGCUUAUGCAAAGAAGGAUACUAUUUUAACUGCCGGUGCCAUUAAUAAUGUAAGAUUAUUACACUUAUCAGGAAUAGGCCCAAAAGAGGAAUUAUCUAAACAUAAUAUUUCUGUUUUUCUUGACCUACCGGUCGGAAGUAGCUAUCAAGAUCAAGUGACAAUAGGUGGUUUGGCUUUUUCAAUUGGCGAUGUUGCUAUUGAUGAAAAUCAAAUAAUAGAAGACUUUAAGACGUGGUUUCAAAACCGAGGUGGACCACUGGCCUCAAAGGGAAUUAAUCAAAUAUCAGCAUUCAUACAAUUAUUUGAAAAUAAAAAUGGUCCUAAUGUGGAAUUAGCUUUAGAAGGUAACUAUAUUAGAAGUGACAAGUUUAUGCUUACAAAUGUAAGUGUACACACAGCUGAAGAAUCAAGUUUACCGCUACCAUACUAUAAUUUAGUGAAUAUUAAUCCCGUAUUACUAAAACCAAAAAGUAAAGGAAAAGUGACGUUAAACAAAAGGAACCCAAAAUAUGGUCGACCUGUAAUACAAGCAAAUCUUUUGAAGGAAACUGAAGAUUUAGAUGCGUUAGUUGAUAGUGUUGAUAUUGCAUUACAGUUGCUCAAUACCAAGGAAUUGAAGAAAGCUGAAAUAAAAAUAGCUCCACUGGAUUUGUUUCCUUGCGACAGAUUACAAAAUAGAGAUCAAUGGAAUUGUAUAGCAAGACAUUACACUAAAGCGUUGGGAAAUCCAAUAGGCACAUGCCGUAUGGGAGGAAAUAAGACAAAUUCAGUUGUAAAUUAUGAUCUUAAAGUUCAUGGUAUAGAAAGGCUAAGGAUAAUCGACGCAUCUAUAAUGCCCACCCACGUUAGAGGUAAUAUAUUCGCUCCUACAGUAAUGAUUGCAGAGAAGGGCAGCAAAAUUAUGAAUAAAGACUGGAAAGAAAACAAAGGAAAUUUCCUAUAGUAAGUAAGUAUAACUACUAGUAUUAUGUACAAUCAGUUUAAGUCAAUUAAAUAAUAAAGCUAAUUUUA